GAAAACGGUUGAAGAAGGCAAAAAGCCUCUAUGCCCAAAGCUUUGCCUGCGGCAGUUUCAAAACAUUGCUCGAGGGCAAAUUUGGCAUCAAUGUCGAGAAGGAUCAACUCCGCUUGGGAAGAGACGACAAACGCAGGUUUAAAAGCACAACUAAUCGCGCGCGUCACCGAGCUUAGUGCCUCUAUGAACACACUAAGGGACCACCGAUUCACCGAGCGCUUUGAUUUUUUCGAAACGAAAAAAGAAGAGUUUCAUUGCGCUAUUUGCCUAGACGUCCUCGAAAAGCCUCUGUCAUCAAAGUGCCAGCACAGUUGCUGCUCGGACUGCUGGAAAUCUGCGUUCGAGUUGGGGGAAAAACAUCCAGCAUGCCCAAUAUGUCAAGAGACGCUGGCAGACCCUAAUGACCUCCAGCGCGCACCGCUUGUUUUAAUCCAGCUUUUAGAGGGGUACCUGGUUAAAUGUAGGGCAUGUGGUACCCGAUUGCCUUAUCACCUGUGCAACAGCCAUCCUUGUCCCCCGAGAAAGCGCCAGCGUGCGAAUAGCCCCGUCCCUGCCGCUGCUGUUGUGCUAGAUCCUCAGACCCGAACCCUCGAGCGGAUGUUAAACGAGGUCCGCACUGGCCGCGUUUCCCCUGAUGUUGCGCGACUUGGGAAUUUGAUUGUGAACACAAUCUGCAAGAAUUCGGAGGAUGGGAUAACAGCCCGAUUGCCUGGAUCUGGAAAGCCAACCGUGGUCAUGAAAAUACCUCAGGCACAGACUUCAGAUUUCAUCCGGGAACGGAAGUUUCCUUCAGGCUUUUUCGGCGAGCAGGGUGGUGAAUCAAUUCAUUAUGAACUCAACCAGUUGAACCGUGAAUUCAGCUCGAUCCACCCUGCGUCGCGUCGGCUACGAAAAAUAAUAGAAGAGCAUAGCAUUAGAGUUGCACCUCUAAACCGCUCAGAAUAUCCAGAGAAAAAAAAUCGAAAACGAAGAGCUCACACCGCUACAACCUGAUUAAGCCGAGUCAGUCUCGUUUCUUAAUAAUCCGAGUCGUGUAUCAAUUGUAAAACUAUUGCAAAGCCAGGAGGACGCGGGAGCGACAAGUAUUACUCAUUCGAUGUUCAAAUCAGUAUUAAUAUUCUAUCGAAAAUAAACUUAAACCAACUAAAAAAAAGAACUCAA